AUGGAGUCAAUCCAUAAGACAUAUGCAUAUUCUAUUCAACCGGUGCCUAGUCAGGAAUUUUGGACACGGAGUGAGUAUUCGAGACCAGAUCCUCCCAUCAUAAAGAGACCAAUUGGCAGACCAAAGGUACACAACAGACAAAAGGAUCCAGCUGAACCUAUGAUGCAGCAAGGUGCCAAGCUUAAGAGAUCCUUUAAGGUAACUUGUAGUAAAUGUGGGUCAGAGGGACAUAAUUACAAGACAUACAAGGGUGCCCCAUCUAACCCCAACUGGAAACCUAAGACCAAGAAGUCGAAGAAAGGUGGGACAAGUCAGUCAUUAGUUGUCCUUCCACUAUCACAGUCAGCACCACAGGAUGAUGAUGCCCCUAACACCCAAAGUGCUCCAUCUAGCGAGGCAGCUACUAGCCAUGCUGCAUCUAGCCAGGCUCCAGAUCGUUGCUGCUGCUGGUUGUUGGGGGAGGGUUUUGUGGCUGUAGGGUUAGAGGGAAAGAACCAGGUUCCAACUACUGUGCCAGCAACACCAAACCCUAUAACACCAACUCCCGUGGCAGACCAACCCCAGCCAGGUCGUGUAACUAGACGUACACUAUUUAGGCCUCCACUCCAAGUUCCAUCCACAACUCACGAAACAGUUCAACCAAAAACUUCGAAGAUCAGGCCCAAACAGAAGAUAUUCAGGCCGCCUGCCCCAAUUUGCGCCACUUCACUACCACCUCCAAGUCAGCCUGCACCACCACAGCCUCAACCAUCUCAAGUCAGGCCAGGACCGAGUACAGUAGCUUCCAAGGAGACAAUGGCAGCAGCAAGCACAGCAACAACAAGACUGUUAAAAUUCAUUCCUAAUCCACCAUCCAUCAAUCCAAAGACAUGA